AUGGGGCCAAUUGUGCUAUGCUUUGAGUCCUUACAGAAUGUCAGGUUUCUCGCCAAGUUCUUAACCGAAUCUGGUAUCAUAAUAAAAAGGAGCCAGACAAAAAUCAGUGCCAAGGCACAGAGAAAAGUGGCUAGGGAAAUCAAGACAGCCAGGGCUUUCGGUUUGUUGCCAUUCACCACAAUGGGGACAAAACAAUUCGUUGUUGGAAAAUCUAUGGAAGACCAAGAUGACGAUUACGCAUACGAUGCUUAUUAUGAGCACAAUUUCGUGGAUUCGAAUGGAAGAGAGGACCCUAUUGAAUCUUAAGAGAAAUGAGACAUUUUUUAAACUAUAUUUAUGUUUAUUUGUUUGGACAAUGAAACUUAGACUUUUGGUAUAACCAGAAGGUUGAAAAGGGAUUGCUAGGAAAUAUCACUUGCUAAACCAACAUUGUAACGAGAUAUUUUGUUCUUCAUCAUUGUCUUUUUAAAAGUUUAAUGUUGAAAUCUUAAAUAAUAAGUUCAAAUGUUU